CGUCUGCCGGGGUGAGAAGAUGUAUACCGGCCUGAGGGCCUCCUCAGUGAAGCGUGAAUAAGUAGCGCAGGCUUAGGUGGAAGUCGCGCCGUGAGGGCUCUGGUUGACGCUGUGCUGGCCAGAAAGCGUUAAGUGAUGUGCUAGACGCAGCCGCCUCGGACUGUGGUUGUGAAUGGUACAGAAGUCUGCUCUCCCACAUCAUUAAACCGAGCUGCUCACAAUGGGGCUGGGCCGAGAGAUGGAGGGGUGCGGCCAGUGCGUCAAAUACCUGCUGUUCAUCGCCAACUUCCUCAUACUGAUCGGCGGCAUCACGGUGCUGGUGGUGGGCGUGUGGACAGUGGUGGACAAAUCCGAGUUCGAGAAGCUGCUCGGCACCGACCUGUACGUCUCGUCGGCCUACAUCCUGAUCGCCACCGGCGCCAUCGUCUCCCUGGUCGCCUUCCUGGGCUGCCUCGGUGCCGUCAAGGAGAUCAGAUGCAUGCUGCUGACGUACUUCAUCAUCCUGCUGGUGCUGUUCGUCGUGCUGCUCGUCGGCGGCAUCCUCGGCUACGUGUUCAACGAGCGCGUUGAGGACACCAUUACCACCAAGAUGACGGCUGAACUGGACGAGUACAGCACGAAACAGGGCAUCAAGGACGCUUGGGAUGCUGCACAGAGCCAGAUGAAGUGCUGUGGCGUGGACCGGCCAGAGGACUGGAAGGGCCGUGUCACCCCGCUGCCGGCCUCGUGCUGCCCCAAAGGGACGGCCGAGCCCUGCACGGAAGCCAACGCCUUCCAGAUCGGCUGCAAGGGCCGCAUCAAGGAGUUCGUCACGGCGCACGCCACCGUCAUUGGUGGCGUCGGCGUCGGCAUCGCGUGCGUCAUGCUGCUCGGCAUGAUCUUCGCCAUUGCGCUCUUCAAGAUGAUUGAGUGAGGCACGCUAAGGCCGUCGAAAGGCUGAAGCAUUCGCCGCAGCUGCGGACCGUCUUUCGUCGCAGUGGUGGUGCGUCGGCGUAUCGCGAGGAGUAUUGCAGCGUCGUUUGUUGGUGCGGACGCUCGAACCGGGAGACAGGUCACUGUUGGGAGGUCGGAGGGGUGCUGUUGGACGGUGCCAGGCGCGAGGGUAGGACGCGGACCAUACUGGAUUGUGAGAGGAAUGGGCGCAGGGGCGUCAGUAAGUCCACAACUGCCCCUCCUCGAGAGGCUUGUCUCAGGAAUGCGUCGUCCACUGGAAUGCCUUCAGAGCGGUUCGCGAAGUGACGUUACGGUUUGAAGAAACAGGGGCGUUGUAAGAAGAGUAAGUCUCCAUGGCGACCCACUCAAACCAAAGCGCCAAUGCCACGCGUACAGACGCCUGGGCGAGGCCACUCUGAGUGGCUCGCGUCUUCGGCGUGCCGUUGCCCCCGACAGGAUGCAAAGCGGCGGAGUCCGGUGGAAAGCAGCUCAGGUUCCGCAUGGGGACCGCUUCACAAAUACGACCGGGGGAGAGAGCAUUCGCCCCGGUGAAAGCGUCGGGACUGAGUCAUUUCUGGAUUUGUUUGGCAUGGCGAUGACGUCAUGUUUGAGAUUCUUCACAUAAGGUCAAACGAAAACAUUCCUCUGACUCACAUAUAAUUGAAGAGAUAUUGCUGGUUUCAUGGUGAACGAUGUGUACGGAAUUCUUUUCGGCGAAACAAUGGAAGGGCGUGGUGGUGUCGCGGAUGCGGGGUGUGUCGUGUUCUUCGUGUGUAUAUGUCGCACUGCAUGUAUUUCACACCAUGCGCUCUUAUUCGCGGCGGUGAUCCUAAAUAGCGCAACGACAUAUUCCGGCUGAUAGCUGCAUGGUCGGCACGUAGUGCCUGGACUUCAAGUAAAUGGCAACCACUUCAAUGUGCCUUGCAUCAUCGGAAACCGUGGGCGCCACAUGUUGCGUCGCUGUUGUUCCUGCUGCGCAUCAAACGCGGAUACGUGACGAGAGCGCGAUAGUCACGUACCGGCCGCGGCCUCGGCACUGUUCGCACAUAAUACACCGUUGUAUAGCA